GUUUUAUGACAUUUCCCCUCUAAGUUUGAAAUUAUAAGCCAGUUGUUAAAUAUUCAGAAAGCAGCUGCCAUAUGCAGGGUUUGAUUUUAUUCGGAUGCUAAAUCACUUGGUGUACAUAAGAUUCGGCGUUAAUUAACCAAACAUGGCUAGAUACCAAAGGCGUUGUCCGACGGAGUCCGUUCGGCAAGCAUCGGGCGGAAGCAUUGGCAUUGGCGUUUACGGCACCAGCCCCGUUUUUGACGGCAACACAUAUCCGGUUAUGGUUGGUGGAGUGCCAAUGCGGCCGCCUGCAGCUAGCAAGACGCGACAGAAGCCCGUGCCGGGCAUACCACAAAGGUGCAGCACCAGAGCAACUUUAAGGCGACAACAGCAGAUGCAGCGACAAACACAGAAUCAAAUGCUGCAGCAACAGACAGCUCAAGUACCUCAGUCACAGUCCCAGACACAGUUCCGGUCCCAGUCCCACUCCCACGUGCAGCCCCACUCACAGCCAGAGCCACAGCCACAUCUAUCAACGCUGCAACAGCAAGUGAAGCAGCUGCAGCUACAGCUGCAGCAACAACAGCUUCAGCUGCAGCAUGAGCAGAUGCGGCAGCUCUACGGCGGCUGGCCGCUGGGUGGCAUGGCUCAGGCCAAUGCAAAUCCCUUGGGCAAUAAUAUGAAUAUGUUCAAUCCAUUGGCGCCAGCCUUUUAUUUCGGUCCAGCGUUGCCUUCAAACAGCUCUGAUUUCUGGCCUGGAUACACUAUGGUCACACCCGGAGAUCCUAGCAGACCAUACUCAUUCGGCCUGAGCCCCACUGACUAGUUGAAAUUUAUUGUAGUGAAAUCAAAAGUCGAUUUAAUGAUUAUUUAUUGCUCAAAUAUAAGUUACUCUAAAAAAAAACAGUUCCGGUCUCGGGCUUUCCACUUAAUCUGUUCCCACAGUCGGGUCAAUAAAAUAUUAUACAUGCGGAUGCAUCUUUUUCUCAUAGAGCUUCAAUUUUUGCAAGAAGAUAUUAACACCUUAAACCAUCUUAUAAAGCUGCCAAUUGUUAUAUUUAAAUUAUAAUUAAAUAAAGAACGACAUUACUUUCUUUAUGAAUA